CAGGUGACCCGCAGCAACCGGCGGAGACUGGACGUGCUUUGAUAUCAUCCGAACUACUCCCCGGCUCCUCCAUGGACCUCACAGCUUUGAGCCCCUCUGGAGAACACAUAUAUGGGGUGGAGUUACCGCCCCUGGACGAUCACAUUCUCCAUAAUUUCUCCAAGGACGAGGAGAAAUUCUUUCAACAGCAUCUGCUCGCAAAUCACUUUGACAUGUCCUCCUUGCCUUUAACAGCCGAAUGCACCUACAGGUCACCACUUUGGGUGCAAGGAUCCUCCGAGCCUCAAGACUCCUCCACCGAUGAAGGGAGUAACUCUUCUCAAUUCCAGAAUGCCUCUGUGCUCGUGACUGAAAUUCAUGAGCAAACCGUUUUACUUAAAGGCGACUCACGCAUUCCGAGCCUCGGUGGUGCCGAAGAAGGCUCCGAUAAGUAUCCCGUUGGCCCAGUUUUGCGGUUGACGCGAAAACUUGCAGCUGAACUACGACACUUGUGGCAGCCAAAGUUGUCGGUCCAAGACAGACAACAACAACAACUCCGACCCACCUCUUCUUUCUCCACUUCGACAUACCCCGUGUGUCCGGAAAGCAUGGAUAUCUUUAGCGUACCUCGAGGUCAACAAGCACCGUCAGAAGUUCUCGAUUCCAAGUCAAUUUUCAAAGAGAUGCCGGACUUGGCAACCAAUCUGCUAAUGUUGACCGGUUACGCGUCUCUCGCCAAACUAUACACAAUCGUAUUUAGCCAGAUCCACAAUGUCCUCAAACGACUACCGGAAUCAGUCUCCUCCUCUCGCCAUACACCAUCUCACGACCUAGGGGAAGCAGAGCUACUACAACCAGGGGAGCUCUUAGCACCUACUAGUAAUUUUGAAGCUUGCAGUAAAGUCUAUAUAACCGUGCAAAUGCUUCUGGACGAGUUUCAGGCAGUGGAGGAUAUUGUUUCAUUCACUAAUCUGCAUGACCCUGAGACCUCGCCUUUUGAGAAAGAAAAAAAUUCACCCGAAGAGGCACAGCAACAGCAGCCGCUCGGGCCGGAUCUCAAAUCCCAUCUAGGCAGGCUGACUCGACAAAUAGAAAUGGUCAGGGCAGGUUUAAAGGAAGAUAUAUCUCGCACAUUGAGAAUUGGCAGCCAAAGAGAGUUGAGCAGCGUACUACAGUAUGGCCAUUAUCUUAAGGUAUUGCUUCGUGAAAGAAUGGGCUUAUAGAAGAGAUAUCCUACCAGACAAACCGCAUGCCUCCACUUUAGUAGUACAUAGCAGCAUUGUUUUU